AUGGCGAACAAAAUUCUCCUUGUCUUUAUCGUGUUCGAUGUCAUUUUCCUCCUUUGCGCAGGUCUCCAUCUCUUCAUCCCACUGUAUACCCGCAUGAACAUUAAAAACAACAACAACGUCAACAACAUCGCAUCUAACCUCUUGCUCGACCAUUGUCCGCUCACAGUGAGCGUUGUCAAUUCGAUCAUUAUGUUCAUCGCCUUCCUCCUCUCUAUUCCGGCCUUGUUCAUGCAGCGCAACCGCACAUGGUUGAAAGUUCACGCUUGGGGAAUUGUCAUUGCCGCUCUCCUUACUCUGGCCAUUGGUCUAGACAUCUGGUUCUCCACCCUCGAAACCAAGAAGAAUCUCGCCCCAAUUUGGAAUGCUCAAACUCCAGCCGUUCAAACGAUGCUGCAGACCAAGUUCCAAUGCUGUGGAUACAGCAAUCCGGCGCUGUUUGUUAAAGACCAGACCUGUACCAGUGCGGCGACGGCGGCGAGACUGGGCCCGUGUAUCACCCCCUUCGGCACGUUUGCAAAUCGGUUCCUGGAUGUGGUUUUCACAACCUUCUUUGGAUUUGUGGCUGUUGAUAUGAUGCUCCUGUUGGCUGCGUUGUGUCUGAUCAAGGAUCGAAAGGAGAGGGAACGAUACAGGCUCAUUGAUGAGAAGAGAGGAUUUGGACCAAUCUAA